UUCCCCUUCAAUCAUCUCUCGCUAGCUCUUAACUCAAGCCACAGUCUCCUCACCUCACAGACAAAUCUAAGAGAAGAUCAUGAAGAUGAGCAGUGCCACCAUGGGAGGCUCCAAGAGAAGGUUGUCCAACAAAGGACUUGGAGGAGUCCUCAGAGAGCAGAGGGCUAGGCUCUACAUCAUAAGAAGAUGUGUUGUCAUGCUCCUUUGCUGGCAUGACUGAAGCAACUCCUACAAAAAGAUUUUCCCCCCCUCUUUUUUUUUUUUUUUUUUUUUUUUUCUCUCUUUUCCUCUUCACGGAGUGUAAAUAGCGGCGGCUGAAAUUAUGGGAGAGUUAACAAAUUUUUGUAUCUGUUGGCCUCAUGGCUAAGAUGUACAUCGGAUAGCUUCAAUCAAAACUACAUAUUAUUUCACAAACUAUAGCUCUUGUUCUUGUUA